CGCGCCGAGCCGCAGCGCAGCGGACAGACGGACGGACGGACGGACAGAGACCGACGCAGCCGCUCGGGGGUCCCGCGACCAUGGGGGGUCCCGCGACCCCCCCGGGGCUCGUCCUCCUCGUCCUCCUCCUCCUCGCCGCCCCCCCGCUGACAGGGCUGCCCCUGGCAGAGACCGACGCCCCCAGCCCCCCCCCGCCCCCCUCGGCCCCCUGGACCCCCCAGGACCUGCCCACCGCCCCCCCAGGGGAGCCUGCAGAGUCCCCGACGGCCGCGGCCCCCCCAGCACCAUCGCCGACGCCCCACCCGGCCCCGGACGCCGGGGCCCCCGGGACGGGGCCGCCCCCGUCGCCAACUGGGGCCCCCCCGGAGCUGCCCCCCGCCUCGGCGAGCCCCCCCGAGGGGGUGCCUUGCAACGCGACGCUGGCGGAGGCCGAGGGCUGGCUGGAGGCGCCGGCGGAGGCGCCGGGGGGGCCGGGGGGGCUCGACUGCACCUACCGCAUCCAGGUGCCCCCGGGCGACGGCGUGGAGCUGCAGGUGACGUGGCUGAACCUGUCGCGGGGGGAGGCGCUGACGGCCCACGGCCUGGGGGCCGCCGCCCCCCCCGGGCCCGACGAGGGCACCAGCCUGGGCCCCGGGCAGGUGCUGCGCAGCCCCGCCGACCGCCUGCUCGUCCGCUUCCGGAGCCCGCGGCCCGCCGCCCCCGGCGCCUUCCGCCUCCGCUACCGGGGCUUCGCGCUGCGCUGCGGGGCCCCGCGGCGCCCCGAGAACGGGGCGGUGGCGCUGAGCGGGCUGCGGCCCGGGGCCAGGGCCACGUUCCGCUGCGCCCCGGGCUUCCGCCUCCGCGGUCCCGCCGCCCUCGUCUGCCUCAACGGGAGCCGCCCCCGCUGGAGCGCCGCCCCCCCCGCCUGCCUCGCGGCGUGCGGGGGGGCGGUGCGCAACGCCACGCGGGGCCGCGUCGUGGCCCCCGAGGGCCCCCGGGGGGGCAACGUCACCUGCCGCUGGCUCCUGGAGGCCCCCCCGGGCCAGCGGCUGCACCUGCACUUCGAGCGCCUGGCGCUGGACGAGGACGCGGACCG